AUGGGGGUGCGUGCCCUCAAGACCGGCCCCAACGCAGCGGAACUGGAGGUGACUGUUGCCGACGAGUCGGAGGUGUCGAGCCUCGGCUGGAGGGAGCGCGCUUCGACGGGCCCGGGCGUCGCGUUCGUGGAGACCCGGUCGGUGACCCUCACGGCCUACGGACGGCACGAGCACGCGCGGUGGUCGCUAGCUCUGGAAGAGGCGCAGAGCUGGACGGAGAAGAAAGAAAGAGAGGCGUUACUGGAAGAGCUGGAGCUUAGCCUUCCGUUCCGCGAGUACGCAAUUGAGCACGUGCACCAUCGCUUGCCAGACUCGGCAAUCGAGGAUAUUCUUGGGGUGUCCACCGCCAUGACCAACCCCGGAUGCGUGCUGAAGUCUUCGGCCCGAUCCCCGCCACCCCCUCCUCCUGGCGACGACACAAGCUUCGGAGAGUGCGCCUCAGCCGGCGGCAGCGGCUCCAGGCGGCGCUGGGGGGGAGGGCGCAGGAAAAAAAAGCAGCAAGGCGGCCGGUCCCGCCGGCGGCGUGGAGCAAGCCGGGGGGAGUCGCCGCUCUCGUCGCGGCACGGCCGCGGCGGCGGCGGCGGCCCUGCGAGGCGGCGGUCCGGGAGCACCGGGGACGUUGUCGACGACUUGGGGAGCCCGGGGGGGGGGCGGCGGCAUUCCGUGGUGAUCGUCGACGGCGGCGGCGGUGGAGGAGGCUUGACGGCGCCCUCGUUCAGCGCUAGCGCGGGCGCGGCGGCGCGCGCGGGCGCGGGCGGCGGGGUUGUGGACAGCGUCUUUGUCGGGGGGGGGCACGUGCUUUGCCGCGCUCGUUCUAGCUCGGCGACCGGACCUGUCUCCGACAUCUUUCACCUGGAAGCGGCGGACACUCCGGCAGCAGCGGGGGCGGCGGCGGCUGCAGCACCGGCAGCACUGGCGGCGGCGCCGACGCUGCUACGGAAGCAUAGGCGCGCGCGUUUCCCCAGCCGCGAGCGGGCCGUCCUCCUCGACUUCGUCCCUGCGGCGAUGCCUCUCGCUCGCGAUCCCUCGGCGCAGGCGCACGCGUCGGGGACCGAGUCUUCGGCUCCGUCGACCCCGAUCGGCGGCGACGGCGGCCGCUUCCGCCGCGCGAGCAGCAGCAGCUCUCGUCGGCUGGACAGCUUUCGGCCGGUGAGGGCGGCCUCGGGCUUCCAGCACCUCCUUCGGCACGGGGAUAGCGGCGGCGUUGGCGGCGGCGGGACGCGACGCCUGGGUAGUGGGGGGAUUUGGGCGGGAGGCGGUUGGGGGGGGGGAGGAGCACCCGGGGAAGGGCUGCUGGGGGUUCCCGCUCAGGUUCCACGCAACCUAAGCUACACAGCAGCCAAAGGCGCCAGCAACAGCAAACCGCAACAGGCCAGACGGCCGUCGGCGUGCCCGGCCUCGGCCUCGGGCACAAAGGACUCCUCUGACUCCGCUCCUUCCGGGGGCGGCGGAGGCGGGGGGAUGAGAACUGAGGACGUCCAAGUCGGCGUGGAAAGGUCUCGAGAGAGCUCCUCUACCGUUGCCGCCGCGGACAAGGCCUGGGAGCUGUGGCCCGACGACAGGCUGAUGCCGCCCUUGCCGCCCAGGAAGAAGAGCUUGUGGGUCAGCAGGCCGAGCCCACGCAGAUGUGCCGGCGGCGGCGGCAGCGAUGAUAGUUUCUCUUCGCUGGUGAUCGUAAAAGGCGGGGAGGAAGGGGUCGGAGGACGCGGGGGGGGGGGCUUGAGCGUAGGCAUGCCAACAGCAAGCGGCAGCGAUGGCGCUUGCGGCCGCCCCUCGGAUGGCCAGGUCGGGAUUCUCUCGGGCUCGCCGGGCCCUAGCGCCUGCGAGGGGGAGGAAGCGGCUGCGGCGGCGGUGGUGGCGGCGGCGGCGAAGCCUGCCGAGGCCACGGAACCAUCCUCGCAUGAAGCUGAAGCUGCCGAGGCCACGGAACCUUCCACGGAAGUAGCCGAGCAACCUGCCGACGUCACGGAACCUUCUACUCAGGAAGCGGAACCUGCCGAGGGCGCGGAACCUUCUACUCAAGAAACGGGAUCUGCCGAGGCCGCGGAGCCUUCCACACAAGAAGUGGAACCUUCGGAGCCCGCGGAACCCUCCACGAAGGCAGCGGAACCUUCCGAGGUCGCGGAACCUUCCACGAAAGUAGCGGAAUCUGCCGAGGCCACGGCACCUUCCACGCAGGGGGUGGAACCUUCCGAGCCCGCGGAACCCUCCACAAGAGCAGCGGAACCUUCCGAGGUCGCGGAACCUUCCACGAAAGUAGAGGAAUCUGCCGAGGCCACAGAGCCUUCCACGCAGGGAAUGGAACCUUCCGAGCCCGCGGAACCCUCCACGAAAGCCUCGGAACACGUGGGAUCGGCGCGGCUGGCGGGUUUUGCCAUGGGAAUCGAUGGGGAGGUCGACAGCGCUACCCUUGAGGUGCCAAUGGCAGUGAGAUGUGAGAUAUCGCUUGUAGCGGCUGAAUUCUCUUGAUAGAGAGGGGCAAAGGAGUUGCAGGAUCCGAAGGAACGAACUAACAAAGGUUUCUCUGCACGUUGUCACAAGGGCAGCCGACACGAUGCUAGUGGCCUCCUGUUCGACGCAACUAUAUAGAAGGUUCUUCUAACACAACACCAAAACGUUUUCGUUUUUUUUUGUUAUGUUUUCUAGCGUAGGAUAAGAGAAACCCUGCCUUUCGGUUUCGUUCGCAGCCUGGGUGGUGGCUUGCAUGUUGUGAGACUUAAGCAUGUCGUGGGAUUGCGUAUCGAGACUUAGAAUGUCGUGGGAGUAGCAGCGGAACAAUCCGCGAGUAAACUGUUGUAUCUACCACGGUAGUGUUGGCUGUCCAAACAAGGUUUUCUGGCUUUUUCUUGCGCUGUUUGGAGUACUUUACCCUGGUGUUGGCUAUUGUAUGUAUCCGAACAAGGUUUUCUGGCUCUUGCUUCCGCAGGUUGUUGUGUUUGUAAUUAGCUGGAAGGAUUUAAGAGGAAGUUGGCCUGUCGGAGGUGCGGUGAGAUGGGGGCAAAGUCGAAGGCAUGACCGUUGUCGGUGGAUGGUAAAACAUCCACCCUCGCGCGUACGCCGGUAAAAUAGCAGCAAGAACAGCAAUACCUUUGCGGAUUGGUUUGUCUCUUGCGUUUUUUUUGUUUUUUUUGUGGGAGAGAAUGGUCGUUUUCAGCGGGAGAGAAAGAAGAGGAGAAAACCCAAUACUCUUGUCUGUGCUUUCGUUACCUACCGUAGGCAGAAGUGGUUCCAGCAGAAAGUCUCCGCUAGAAAUACACCUCGAUUGAUCGGAGCAAAGAGCGACGAAUAUGACACUCAUGUGUGGGGCGCAUGGUCAUGGAAUACCGAGUUGAUUUUCGGUUCCAAGGGUUGUAAGGUAUAUUGUAUGUACAUUUGGUGGCCUGCCUUUGCCCACCGGGUUUUUGCUUUUUUUGCUGUUUCGCAAUAAGGAGCGCGCGCUUCUAUUGUAGCGGUAUCGCGCUUGCUAGUUUUGAGUCUAGCAAGCCGAUGUCUCGUCUGUUGUCGUCCGUACUGAUGUCGGUGUGUCUUGGUGUGCCGCGCAGUUACAGUACAGUAGCUUCGGAAUUGCGCCGGUCCCGUUGGGUUUCUUGUUCAUGAUUCUGGAGCUUAUUAUGAGGUGCGUUUGUUGCCGUCCGUCUAUACUACAGUACGUUUGUCUUGGUCUUGUUUCUCACAUUUGUCUCCAUCUUUUUUUCUCACAUUUUCUUGGUCUCGUUUCUCACAAAUCGCACCAUAUGUACAACGUU